AUGCUCUGUAUUACACUCUGUGGUAUGCUCUGUCAAUGUCAAAACUCAAAACACAGAUGUCAAAAUAUAACGCUAUGAAAUCCUUCGAGAGGAUGUUUUAUUUUUUUACAUGAAAAUAAUAAUUUGUAGAAAUAAGAGUCACUAGAAAUACGUAAAACUGUUUUGUACAUGAAAUUGAAUUAAAAUGUUCUAAAUCUAUCUCUUACUCUAAGUUAUAUAAGCAGUAAGCAUAAUUUAAACUAAACUGUUUACAGUGACUUAUUUUUAUAUUUUAAUUAAUAAACACAAUGUAACAUUACACAAUAUUGUUAUUCGAUACAUUUUAUUAAUUAUUUCAAAAGUUGAACGAGGACGCCUUUACCUCGACCUCGUCUGAAUAGCCACAACCUUGAGCAACAUGCACGGCGACGAGGACGGCGCCUCAAACAAGAAAAAAGACAAUACCGACACGUCGCCAGACUGUACUAUCGUGAAAGUGGAGAAUUCUGAAUCACCUACGAAAGAAUCUGACGAUCCAAAACCGCGUAUCGUCCUAACGUUUCGUUCGGAAAAAUCGGGCGCAAAAAAUAGCAACAUGAAGAUAGUUUCUAAGGAAGAAAAGCACGAAGAGACGCCGAGACGUUCGGGUCGCACCCGAAAUGCCAAAUGCGAAUCUGAUGAUGAAAGUGAACUUGUGUCGCCAAAAAAGGAAAAGGUUGUAUCUGAAAGUGAUGAAACGUCGGAUAGUUCGCGUACGAAACAUUCUACGCGGCGUCGCGGGAGAGAGUCCUCCGAUGUUAUUGCCAAUGCAAUCGCUCGAAAAGAGAAGUACAAUGAAUCAGCAUCAACAUCAACCAGACCAACUCGCAGAAUCAAACCAACAGCUAAAGUUCUGGCUAAUGAAGAGUUACGUAUAGGACUAGAGUCACAGAACAAUGUACGGCUUGACCUUACUGAUAGAACUGUGGAAGAGGGUGUACGGACACGCAGGUCAGCACACAAGAAUGUUGAACAAGUAGAAAAGAGCAAAAAAAGAGUGGAAGAGAUCAUUGGAGACGAGACUGAUCAUUCAGAUUUGAAACUCAAACAUCUGUGUGAACUGGGACUUAAAUCUGUUGAACAAAAAGUUGAAGAUGAACCUGCUGAAGCUGACAACAGAGAAACGGAGGGUGAAAACGAGGAGUGUGAAGACGACGACACAGAGGUGAUAGUUAAACUAUUAGAAGCAGACGAGGAGAGUGGCAGCGCUAGCAGCGGAGAUUACUUCUUAUGUUCUGAGGGUGCUUCGCAGGUGGAGCGGCCGCGGCGCUCCAGACGGCUCAACUCGAUGCCGGGCGGCAAUGAGAGCGACCGCUCCUCGCCUAUACAGGUCGACGACGAGCCUUCGAUGUCCGUGUCUACUCGGCGUUCAUCUAGAAGAGAUAAAAAAAGGGUUUAUUACUAUGAAGAAAUACCACAAAUGUCAGUACACAAGAGGCAAAGGGCCAAUUCAUCAAGUCCUGAGGAAAGACCCGAAGAAUGGGACCAUGAGGAAGAAAAUAGUAAUUCCGCGGGUGCAGAAGAAGGGGCAGUGGCGGCCAGUCCUACAGGAUCGUCAACAGUAUUUGCUGUAUGUCAGUGUGAAGAAACUACCAACAUUUAUGCUGAACCAUCAGAUCUGAUAGAACCAGUAUUCUGUCAAGCAAUAGAAAUCGUCGAUGGUAUGCGUGUAGGAUGCUCCCACAAGGCGCUGCGCGAAGAAGAUGGCGGGUUGUCUUGUAUGCGCAGAGCGGGGCCUAGGGCUCCGUACUUGUUACUGUGCAAGUUGCACACCGCACAGAUGGACAAGCACAUGUGCUGUCCGGCGUGCGGUCUGUUUUGUACGCAGGGUAUCUUCUACCAAUGCUCCAUGAACCACCUGUUCCACCUGGAGUGCGGAGUACCGUACAGCGACGCCCGUCCCGCGGGCUGCCCGCACUGCGGCGUGCACGCGUUGCCAUGGCGACCGGCCAACAGAUCCUGCGCAAGAGUGCAGCUCAGCAUGCGCUGCUCGAACAAGCGCGUGUAUCUGCCGGACCAGAGGGAGCAGUGUAUACCAGCAUACCUCAGUUUCUCAACCAUCGAAGAAUCGAAGUUGGAAAAAGGUCCCAUAAUUCCAGAGGACUUGAUGCCACACUUGCCUGAUUUGGAAAAACUAUGUGAUUCUGUGAAAGUCGACACUGAAGCUGCUUUCACAGUAUACAAGUUGUAUGAGGGAAUAAUUGCUGGCGAAACUAUUGAGCAGCUGAUGCCAAAGAUUGUGAAACGCGAUCUCCUAAACACCCCAAUAAGCGAUAUAGAGGGCGGUACGUGUGCGCACGCGGCGGCGGUCAGCGGCCGACUGAGCGCGCUCUGCCUGCUGCAGUAUGCCGGGGCGAAUCUAGAUGCAGUGGAUGCUGCGUCUCGCACGCCCCUGAUGAGAGCUGUUCUUGCCUUAUUAGAAAAAGAGACGCCAGAAGAAAUGGACGUCGAGAACAAAGACGAUGAUGUAGAAAUUAAAAAGGAAGAUGAAGAAGAAGUAGAGGUCAAGAAAGAAGAAGGGGAGGAGGUUGAUGAUAAAAUAUUACUAAAAGAGGAGCCAGAGAAGAGAGACGCUAAGGUCAAGGAGGAGGAUAUUUUGAGAUGUAUCAGAUACCUUAUUGCUGCUGGAUGUGAUGUUAAUUUGAAGGGUCCAGAAGGCAUGACAGCGUUGCACAUGGCGGCCCAGCACGGCGGCGGCGACGUUGCCGCACUGCUGUUACGCGGCGGUGCCGCACCGAACGCGCGUGACGCGGGCGGCUGGACACCGCUCGUGCGCGCUGCGGAGAACAGCCACGCGGAGGUUGUGAGGAUACUCCUAAAACACGGUGCGGACGCGAGUGCAACGGACAACGAGGGCAACGGGGUCAUCCACUGGUGCGUGCUGGCCGGGGACGCGACGUCCUUGCAGCUGCUGUUGGACGCCGCGUCUUAUAUUGUGGAUACGACGAAUGCGCACUGUGAUACACCACUACACAUCGCAGCUCGUGAGGGACACUAUCCUUGUGUCAUCGUGCUUUUAGCGAGAGGAGCCAAGACAGACGUAGAAAACUCAUCUGGUGAAAUGGCUGUGCAAGUGAGUUCGGGCGAGUGCCGCAGCGCCAUAGUGCUCAACAUGCGGAUGGCGCUGGCCACCGGGGGCAGCUUCACCAAGUGCCGCGUGUUGGUGAGCGACAUAUCAAAAGGUCGCGAACCGUACCCGGUGCCGGUGAUCAACGAAGUAGACGACGAGCCCGCGCCCGUGCACUUCACGUACGUGUCGCAGCACGUGUACACCGAGCACGUGCACGUCGACCGCACCGUGCAGAGCCUGCAGGGGUGUACGUGCAAGGACGCAAGCUGUGGGGCCGGGUGCGCGUGCGGCGUGCUCAGCGUGCGCGCGUGGUACAGCGCGGGGGGCGCGCUGCUGCCCGCCUUCCCGCACCACGACGCGCCCAUGCUGUUCGAGUGCGCGCACACGUGCGGCUGCGACCAGAAGCUGUGCACGAACCGCGUGGUGGGUCGCGUGGAGCGCGCGGGCUCGCUGGGCGUGCGCGUGCAGGUGUUCCGCACGGCGACGCGCGGCUGGGGGCUGCGCGUGCGGCACCGCGCGGCGCGCGGCGCGCUGCUCGCGCUCUACUGCGGCGAGCUGCUGCCCGCUCACACGGCCGACGCGAGGGCCAUGGACCAUUAUAUGUUCGCGCUCGAUGUCAAACCGGAUCUGCUCGAGCAAUGUAGUGACAAAACGCAGCUGUGCGUGGACGCGGCGCGGUACGGCAGCGCGGCCCGCUUCGUGAACCACAGCUGCCGGCCCAACGCGGCGCCGGUGCGCGUGUUCACAGCGACGCGCGACCUGCGCCUGCCCGCCGUCGCGCUCUUCGCGCUGCAGGACCUGCAGCCGCUGCAGGAGAUCACGUUUGAUUACGGUGAUAAAUUCUGGUCAGUGAAAUCAAAAUGGAUGAAGUGUGAAUGCGGAAUGCCGGAGUGCAGAUAUCCGACAAUCAACACUGAAGAAUCAGAAUCAUAAUGAAUUGGAUAUAGCAUUUAUAUUCGUUAUUUGUAUAUAAAUAAUUACUAAGCUUUAAUAAUUUUUAAUCAAUUUAUUAUACAUAUUUUACUGAA